GCAAAACCCGAACAAGAAUCAACAAUGGAGACAAAAGAAUCGUCUUGCGCAAGAAACACGCAACGCGAAAUCAAUAAAAGGGCUUUUGAAUCGAUUGAUUCGCCGAUGAGAGCUGAUUCUACAAGCACUGUGAAGCUAAGAAGACUCACCACUAUCGAUCAAAUGGAAUCUCAAUUUGCCACGGAAAAGCUUGCUGCAGCAAAGCAAAAUUAUGGAAGAGAUAUUCGUGUAUUUGAGACAACAACUUCCUCUCACACAUCAAAUGAGCCAAUUAACGAAGAGGAGCCGGAUGAGUUUUUUGAUUUCACUGCGGAAGAUUAUUAUCGCAUCUUGGCUACAAAAAAGGAAGAUAAAGUUAUGAAGACAAAAAAACUCCGUGAAGCAGAAGAAGCCACUCGUAGAUCAAGAAUUACCAAGGCGGUAAUUCGUGUGAGGUUCCCGGACAACCAUACAUUAGAAGCCACAUUUCAUCCAUCAGAGACAAUGCAAAAUUUAGUUGAUCUUCUUAUAAAAGUUGUGGCUAGACCCGAUUUACCUUUCCAUAUAUUUACUACUCCUCCAAAGAAGCUAAUAAAAGACAUGUCUCAAGAUUUUUACUCUGCUGGAUUUGCCCCUGGUGCAAUUGUCUAUUUUUCAUAUGAUCAACCAAAAGGUGAUGGUGAUGCUGACGUGACAUUCCUUAAAGAGGAAGUGAUGGCUUUAAAAGGUCUUGAACUUGUAGCCGAACCGGAGAAACCUACGGUUGACCAAUUGACCACCGUGCCUGUGGUGGCUGCCGCCCCUCCAUCGGUUCAAGAGCGGAAGCCGGCUGCCGAUAAAAAGAUGGUUAAGCCAAAGUGGUUGAAAAUGUAACAAUUUGUCGACUUAUAAAAUCAAAGUUUUUAAAAUGGAUUAUAUGUAACCUUCUUUCCAUAAGUGGAUAUGUUUGUGCAAAAAGGUUAUUCUUGUGGGCCCAUAAAUAGUGAUAUAAAGUUUACAUAAAAACC